UCAAGGUGAAAGUUGAAAGAACCUUUGAGAUUUUAGAAACCGUAGACUACAGGAAAAUGGAUUCCCGGGAUAUUAAAGACACCGAUGCAUUCGAAGACCUCUUGUGUUUUGAUAAAAUCUUAUGUGAUGAAGAACUUUUCAAGCAAAGAAAACCAGGUGACAAGACUGUCCCACAGCGGGGAGGAGAAAAGGACUUUUCUCCGGAUGAUUCCUGGCUUCAAGCCAAAAGGCUAGAAAAAUUUUAUGAAGAAAGAAGAGCUGUGUUAGCAGAAUCCAGAGUAGAGAGAGUUGGAAGCCUUGUAACGGGGGAAUGGAAUCCAGAAAUCCAGUUAGUGGAACUCCACAAAGAAAUGGGUAAAUUUUGGUCAUCUAUGGGAUUCUCAGACAAAAGCAGGAAGUGGCUGUACCCAGAGGAGGCAGUGUUUUUGAUGGAAACGAACACUCUUGAGGUGUGUUAUAAAGGUUUACCCAUUAGCAUUCAACAGGCCUACGCUGAGUUCCUGAAGAAUUUUAAAUUUGAGGAGUACUUGGUUUAUGCUCAUUUGAGACGAAUUGGAUAUACAGUUCUUCGUCACCAAGGCAGGUUAUUGAGUACAAAGUAUGAAAGAAAGAUUAAGCUGGACAAGCACAUUAACCUUAAAAAGAGAAAGAAGAGGGCAGAUAUGCAGUCUCCAUCACUGACAGAUAAAGACACCGGAGACAUGCCACAGAAAAGAGCUAAACUUGUUGGAAAUGAUGAAGUUCAUGAAGCAUCACAAACUGCAAACAUGUGUAUCUUGUACAAGGAGAAUGGUAAGUCCAGUUCACAUGCAAGCCAGAAUGACUUCCAGAAAAUUCUAAGGACAGAAAGUGAAAAUGUGACAUCUUCAGUUAAUGAAAAGCAAAGAACAGAUCUCUAUAUGAAAGCAAUGGAGGAAGGUGAAAAUCCACAAAAGACAGCAGAUUUAGGUGCUAUGAAAAUUAGGGAUCAAAUUGUCGAUACUAAGCAUGGUAAAAUUGUUACUGAAGCCUGGGAAAUGGGAGAAAACAGUGCAGCAACCAAAUACAGUGUGUGGAAUUUUGAUGAGAUCAAAUUUCCAGAUAUGGGUGAUUCUGGAUGUCUAAAGGAAAAAGGAGAGAUCCUGCAAAGAUUUCUGCCAGAAGGGGUCCCUCCAUUGUCAACCCACAGGAUUGAUGUAGAUCAUUUGUUCAAACAGAGACUAAAAUCACAGGGAUUUCAAAAGUCCAGAUUUAAAUAUGGACAAGACCUAGAUGAUUUCAACCUAGAAUUUUCAUGUGAUGUCUUGCAACGUGUUGAAAAAGUUUAUGCAUCCAACUGGAGAGAGUACAAGGAAAAAAUGAUGGAGUCGAGGGAGAAAAAUGAUUUUGUUUCUCCAGUGGAACAUUUGUGGAAAGAUGAAGUUGUCCCCCUUGUUAGACCAGAUGAGGCUCUGAAUACAGGUGAGAGAGAGAGAGCAUCCUACUUAGAUGUACAAUAUAUCAUUUCACAGAAGGAAAGAAAAAUCACUGAUAUAAAUGUAAGUUUACAGGCAUUAAAAAUUUCCAGCUACAUGUAUUUAAAAAUUUGUGAUUGACAAUAUAUCGGAAACUUCCAGGAGUUGAUGCUUAUAAUUGAAUUCAUUACAUUUUUAAAAAAAAAGAAAAUAUUAGUUUGAACUGUGCAUGUAGAAAAUAGUGACUUUGUAUGUUAGAAUAAUGGAAAAAAGAAAAUUGUCAAAAAAGUGGGGAGAGCAGACCAGCCUCCCUGUCCACCUCAACCCCCUGUAUACGUGCCUGAAAAACAUAUCAAUUCGUGUUGAAAGAAAGGUGCAUAUCUGCAUUUCAUUAAAUUCCAAAGAAGCUCGAAUUUAUGUGUUCCCCUAUUAAUUAAUUAUUUUGUAUGCAAGAUUCGUUCCCGAAUUUAGAAUAGAAAAAUGGAAAAUUGGAGUCUUCAAAAUUUCUUGCCAUUCAAAAUAAUAAUUUUAAAAAAUGAACGAAAACAGCAAUAAAAUAAAACAAAAAACCCCAACAAACCAAGAUAUUUUGUACGAUGUUCAAAGUCCUAAUGUGGGUUGAAGGGUUAAAGAGUCUUUUACUUCGACUGCCUCAAUAAUUUCCCCCCCCUACACUUCAUUUUCUUCGAUCGUUGGGGGUGGGAUGGGGUGGUUAGAGUCUUCUACUAUGAGCGCCUCAUAAUAUCUUCAUUUUCUUAAGUGGUGGUGGUUUGUGUCUUUUACUAUUAUAUCAGAACUUUCAAGCUGUGGUCAAUUGGGGGGG